AUGGCGCCAUCAUUCGAGGGUAACCCAUCAGACCAAGACCCUAGCACUUUAAACAAUGGCAUGAAAGGUUCGUGUCUCUGCGGCAACAUCACCAUCCACAUCAAUCAAGAAGGCCUCUUCGACAAACCCAACGGUCACGUCUGUCACUGCUUCAAUUGUCGCCGUUUCGCAGGCUCAUCACACGUCAACAUACUCGCCUUACCAACCAAGAACGUCACCGUCGUGGACCCGAAAUCCUACCUCAAGACUUAUCAGGACGAAGAUACUGGGAACGGGAACGUGGUUCCGAGAUCUUUCUGUUCGAAUUGCGGGAGUGCGGUGGGUGUUUUCCCGGCCGUGGUGCCGGAACUGUCAAUGGUGGCGUUGGGGUUGUUUCCAAGAAUGCCAGAGCCGGAGUUUGAAGUUUUCACGAAGCAUAGGCAGGAAUGGGAGGGGCCUGUUACGGAGAGAACGAGGCAGUGUGCCUUUGCGGAGGAGUUCAAGGAGUUUGUGCCGGGGAUUUUGAAGCAGUGA